AUGGCCAGCUCAGCCUACUCCACUGUCAUCGGCCCGCCGCCCGAAUCCUUCGCCGAGCUCACGCCCACCACCGCCCUCACGGAGGGACGCGGCGCUCCGAAGCCCUCCACCGAGUUCGGCAACGUCGAUGCCGCCUCGCGCCAGGCCCUGUGGCGCCAGCUCGCCUCCGUCGUCGGCAUGGACGUCAUGAACAUGCGCCUGUCUCUCCCCAUCUGGCUCUUCGAGCCCUCCACCGCCCUCACCCGCAUGAUUGAGACAUUCGAAUUUUCCGAUCUCCUGGAUCGCGCCGCCACCUCUGACGAUCCCGUCCUCCGCGAUUGCUUGGUCGCCGCCUUUGUCAUCUCCGCCUUCUCGCAUACGGAGAGGGUACGGAAGCCCUUCAACCCCGUCCUGGGGGAGUCCUUUGAGUACACCCAUCCGCUCAAUGGCAUGCGCUUUUAUGCAGAGCAGGUGGAACACCACCCACCAGUCUCCGUCUCCCACUGCGAGGGGAAGGGCUGGGAAGCUGGCGAGGUUGUCGACAUCGCCGCCACGUUUCACGGUAAUUCCAUAGAGGUGCGUAAUGUCGGCUCGCGCUAUAUCAACCUCCACAAGACGGGCGACCGCUACUCAUGGACCCUGCCCCAGGCACUUGUCUCCAACUUGUUUGUGGGAGGCGCUUUUGUCGACCAUUUUGGAACCGUCGAGCUCAAGAACGAGACCACGGGCACUUCGGCCACCCUCAACCUGACUCAGUGCGGCUGGUUUUCGGCGGGGAGGUAUGAGGUUGCCGGCGAGCUUCUGGAUAGCAAUGCCACGAAGAUUGUCUUGUUUAAGGGCGCCUGGAACAAAUUUUUGGACUGCGAGCGCGUCGCCAAGGCAAAAGGGGAGGGCACCAAUCGCCUCUGGAUGGCGGGCUCGCAUUUGCUCUCAGAAGAGGAAGGCGGCGGUGUCACGGGUGUCUACGCCAACUGCACAAAGUUUACGAAAAAGAUCCUCUCCUUGCAUUCAGACCACGCCUUGGAGCUCCCGCCGAAUGACUCCCGGUUUCGACCGGACCGUCUGGCCCUAGAAAAAGGAAACCGCACCGUCGCUGCCGAGGAGAAGAUCCGCAUUGAGCAGAUGCAACGGGAUCGUAGAGCCGCCGCCAAGAAGCGAGUAGAGUCUGGAGGCGGCAAGAUCCAGCCGAGAUACUUCAGAAAAGUGGCCGAGGACAAACAAUUGUGGGAGCCAAUCGGCAACUAUUGGACUGAUUCAAGAAACCUCUCUGAGGACGAUCGCAAGAACAUGGUGAUGUGGUGAUCAUGCUAUGUGCCGCCACCGCAGGGACCGCGCCACCUAGUAUUAUCGAUAACACUAUUUCAUGGUGGCGAUUCGCAGGCCACAGCUGCAUACAGCUCUUUCCCUUGAAACACUACCAGUCAUCCUGCUGGGCACCAACUUUCUGACUUUUGACUUGGAACUCACUAUUUUCCGUUACAGUGUCUCCCAUUGCGAACUCGUCCUCGCAAGUAAAGACGACAAUUGACG